GGUCCGGCCAAAUUCAACACCUAUUUUCUCCUCCAGCUGCUCCUAUAUCCCGAACACCCCCUCCUCCUUUCCUUACCCCUCCUCCCCAGAGACAGGGGAGGAGAAAAGUGGAGUCAGGUCAUUAUGACAGAGCUGAAGGCAAAGGCUUCCCGGGCUCCCCACGUGGUGGGCGGCGCGCCCUCCCCCACCCGGGUCGGAUCUCCUCUGCUGGGACGCCCGGGCGCUGGCCCCUUCCAGGCGAGCCAGACCUCGGACGCCUUGCCCAUAGUCUCCCUGGGUGGGCUUACCUUCCCUCGGCCCUGCGAGGAACAGGCCCCGGACGGAAAGGCGCUGGACCAGCAGGCGCUGUCAAACGCAGAAGGGGUGUAUCCCAGAGUUGAAGCCACAAGAGGUGCAGGUAGUGGCAGCUCUAGACCCCCAGAAAAGGACAGCGGGCUACUGGACAGUGUCUUGGACACACUACUGGCGCCCUCAGGUCCGGGGCAGAGCCACGCCAGCCCUCCAGCCUACGAGGCCACCAGCCCCUGGUGCCUGUUUGGCCCCGAGCUUCCGGAAGAACCCCAGGCUCUCCCCGCCACCCAGGGGGUGUUGCCCUCGCUCAUGAGCCGUCCAGAGAGCAAGACCAGCGACAGCUCCGGGGCCGCAUCUGCCUAUAAAGUGCUGCCCCGGGGCCUCUCACCAUCCCGGCAGCUGCUGCCCUCGACCUCUGGCACCCAUCACUGGCCCGCGGCCGCAGUGAAGCCGUCUCCGCAGCCCGCGGUGGUGGAGGUGGAGGAGGAGGAGGAUGGUUCUGAGUCCGAGGGCUCCGUAGGUCCGCUUCCAAAGGGCAAACCCCGGCCUCUGGGAGGCACGGCGGCCGAGGGGGCAGCCGUGGCCACCUCUCCUGGGGCGGCCGAAGCAGGCGUCGCCCUGGUCCCCAAGGAAGAUCCCCGCUUUUCGGUGCCCAGGGUCGCACUGGCAGAGCAAGACACGCCAGCGGCGUCCGGGCGCUCCCCGAUGCCCACCAUGGUGAUGGAUUUUAUCCACCUGCCCAUCCUGCCUCUCAACCCGGCCAUACUGGCCACGCGCACCCGGCAGCUGCUGGAAGGGGAGAGCUAUGACGGCGGGGCCACGGCCGUCAGCGCCCUGGCCCCGCCGCCGCGGGGCUCGCCCUCGUCCUCCACCCCGAUCCCCGCCGGCGACUUCCCCGACUGCGCGUACCCGUCCGACACCGAGCCCAAGGACGACGCGUUCCCGCUCUAUGGUGACUUCCAGCCGCCGGCCUUGAAGAUCAAGGAGGAAGAGGAAGGCGCCGAGGCCUCUGCGCGCUCCCCGCGGCAGUACCUGGUGGCUGGUGCCCACCCCGCGGUCUUCCCGGAUUUCCAGCUGGCGGCGCCGCCGCCGCCCCCGCUUCCUCCGCGAGCGCCGUCGUCCAGACCCGGGGAACCCGCAGCGGCGCUCGCACCCGCCGGUGCCUCCGUCGCGUGUCCCUCCCCGUCGGGGUCCACUCUGGAGUGCAUGCUGUACAAAGCGGAGGCCACGCCGCCCCGCCCGGGCUCGUUCUCGCCGCAGCCCUGCAAGGCGCCGGGCGCGGGCUCCUGUCUGCUGCCGCGGGAGGGCCUGCCCUCCACCUCGACCUCGGUCUGCGCCGCCGGGGCGCCCCCUGCGCUCUACCCGCCUCUGGGCAUCAACGGGAUCCCGCAGCUCAGCUACCCGGCCGCCGUGCUGAAGGAGGGCCUGUCGCAGGUCUACCCGCCCUAUCUCAACUAUCUGAGGCCAGAUUCAGAAGCCAGCCAGAGCCCACAGUACAGCUUCGAGUCAUUACCUCAGAAGAUUUGUUUAAUCUGUGGGGAUGAAGCAUCAGGAUGUCAUUAUGGUGUCCUUACCUGUGGGAGCUGUAAGGUCUUCUUUAAAAGGGCAAUGGAAGGGCAGCACAAUUAUUUAUGUGCUGGAAGAAAUGACUGCAUCGUUGAUAAAAUCCGCAGAAAAAACUGCCCAGCAUGUCGCCUUAGAAAGUGCUGUCAAGCUGGCAUGGUCCUUGGAGGUCGAAAGUUUAAAAAGUUCAAUAAAGUCCGAGUUAUGAGAGCUCUAGAUGCUGUGGCUCACCCACAGCAGGUGGGCAUUCCUAAUGAAAACCAAGCCCUAAGCCAGAGAAUUACUUUUCCACCAACUCAAGAGUUACAGUUUGUCCCCUCACUGAUCAAACUGCUAAUGAGCAUUGAACCAGCUACAAUCUAUGCAGGACAUGACAACAGCAAACCAGACACCUCCAGUUCUUUGCUGACUAGUCUUAAUCAACUAGGCGAGAGACAACUUCUUUCUGUCGUCAAGUGGUCCAAAGCACUGCCAGGUUUUAGAAACUUACAUAUUGAUGACCAGAUAACUCUCAUCCAAUAUUCUUGGAUGAGCUUAAUGGUCUUUGGACUGGGGUGGAGAUCCUAUAAACAUGUCAGUGGGAAGAUGCUGUAUUUUGCACCUGAUCUAGUAUUAAAUGAACAGCGGAUGAAGGAAUCAUCAUUCUAUUCAUUAUGCCUCACCAUGUGGCAGAUUCCACAGGAGUUUGUGAAGCUGCAAGUUACCCAGGAAGAGUUCCUCUGUAUGAAAGUAUUGCUACUUCUUAAUACAAUUCCUUUGGAAGGACUACGAAGUCAAAACCAGUUUGAAGAAAUGAGAUCAAAUUACAUUAGAGAGCUCAUCAAGGCAAUUGGUUUGAGGCAAAAAGGAGUUGUUGCUAGUUCACAGCGUUUCUACCAACUUACAAAGUUUCUUGAUAACUUGCAUGAUCUUGUCAAACAACUUCACCUGUACUGCUUGAAUACAUUUAUCCAGUCCCGGGCCCUGAGCGUUGAGUUUCCAGAAAUGAUGUCUGAAGUUAUCGCUGCACAAUUACCCAAAAUCUUGGCAGGGAUGGUGAAACAUCUUCUCUUUCAUAAAAAAUGAUGCCAUUUUUACCUUUAAAAAUUAAAUUUUGUGGUAUGUCUGUUUGUGUUUGGGUUAGGAUUAUGAGGUCUCAAAUUCUUGCAAUGUUCUUCUCAAAGCCUUACAUUCAUAUCAUAUCAUACUGUAUAAAUUUCAGAGGAAAUUCUGACAUUUUAAUUGUUUUCCUUUAUACAGUAUAAUUAGAAUUUUUAAGUGUUUUUGUGGACCCAUAUUUUCUUUAAGUGUUCACAAGAAUGAAAAAGGACUAAAAUGGAUGGUUAAAGUAAACUUAAUUUUAUCCAUAUUAUUUCAUACCAUUUAGGUGAAAAUUUUAAAGUUUUACAUCUAAGAAAAUUGCUUUAGAGAGAAAAAUAUCUUACAUGUAAUAGUAAAAAGCUUUUACAUAUGUUCCUUCAAGGCAGCUCACUUUGCCUCCUUGAUUACUUUUACAAAAAUGGACCUUUAAAAUGGUAUGCAAAAUUUUGUCUACACGAGUGUAUAUACAUUUUUGUUAGAAGGAAAUUUAUAACCUUUAUCAGAUUUUCAAGAGUUUUUAAAUGCAAAAAAGUACCGAGAAGGAAAGAGGAUUUAAAAUUUUGAAAUACAUUGAUGUUCUAAAAACUGGGAAAAGUACCUUAUAUGUAAGACUGUUUCCCAGACUGGAAACGUAAAUCUCUAAAGAAAUUAAGUAGAGCCAUAUCACGAUGACAACAGUAUUGUGGGUUUUGUAGUUUUUUACUAACCAUUUUUGAGAGUUGCCUUUUAAUAAGGUAUUAUGAAUCGAAAUAGGAAUUCAGAAAAAUCAGUAGCCUAAUACCCUUUCUUAUUUGGGGGCAUGUGGAAAGUCACUUAACUUUACCGAUUCUCAAUUUCUUCACCUUUAACACUGAUGUUAUAAUAUCUUUUCUGCAAAAUAUUCCUUAGAUCAGAGCUUCUUUUUAACAUCUUCUCAAAUCAAAGAAGCAAAAAAGGGAGGGAGGGAGGGAAGGGAAAAAUAGAGAAGUAUUAUUCUCUUUUUCUACUCAGCGAAGCAUAAUAGACUAAUCACAGGUUGAGACUUUUUGAGUGCCUUUGAUCUAAUUCUAAGAGAGAUACUUCAGGGAAUACUAGACACUGUCUUAAAGUAAUGCAACCAAUUAUGAUAACUAGAAAACA